AUGGCCAGCAGCCACUUCUCCUCGCUAAUGGCGCAGAGCAGGCAGCAGACGGAGGCGGUUCAGGCGCAGGCGAAAGCCCAGCUAGAAGCGAAACAGCGACGAGAAGCCGAGAAAGCCCGAGAACAGGCCGAGCGGGAGAAGAAGGCGAAAGAGGCGGAGGAGAGGAUGCGGCAGCGGCAUUUCGAGGAGCAGAAGCGGGAGAAGGAGCGGCAGGAGAAGCGGGCACAGGAGAAGGAGGCCGAGGCGCGGCGCGAGGCACAGCGUGAGCGUGUUCGCGAGGCCGUUCUCCUCGGCAAGGGCGGCGGCAAGUCCCGUGCGCGCUCGGGUGGCGGUGGAGGCGGUGGAUGGGGCCGUGCGAAGAAGAAGACGGACGAAGAGGACGACGGGAGCGUCGGUGGCGGCGGCGGCGCGCUGACUCGAGAGGAGAAGCGUGCGCGGCGGAUGGAAAACGAGUUCCGGAUGCCCGGCUCGGCGUCGCGCUCAAAGCUCCCGACGCCCAAAGCGGGAAAGCGGCUCCCUGGCGGCGCAUUACCCUCUAACCUGGUCGGGAGCGCCAGUCGGGGCAGCAGGACGAUUGACGACGCUAUGCGAGACCGUGACCGCGGGAAGACUGUCUCUGGCAACAGUGCUCGCUCCUAUGAUGGCUCCUUCUCCGACUCUAAGAUCGGCAAGUCCUCUUCCGACAAGUUCGCGGGUAAAGGUCUCCCGAAGAAGACGCCUGUCGGGCGUGACCCACCCUCUUCCGCGCCCAAGCGUGCGCCGCUACCACUCGCUCGACCUGGCUCUGCUCCCGCAUCGACCAAAGCAGUACCAAAGAAACGCUCUCGCUCGAUCAGCGAAGAUUCAGACUACGACUCUUCCCCUCCGCCCCGCAAGCGCUCGACCAACGGUGGCGGCGGCGGCGGCGGUGGCGGAAACGACGUCAGGGACAUGAUCUGGGGUAUAUUUGGCAAAUCGCGCGAUAAAUACGUAAAUCGUAACGAUCUCAGCGACGACGAGGAUAUGGAGGCCGGCGCAUUCGAUGUCGAGCGGGAGGAGAAGCGCAGUGCCAAACUCGCUCGUCAAGAGGAUCUGGAGGCAGAGCUGGAAGAGAAGCGCAGGGAAGAGGAGAAGCGACGUCGCCGUAUGUCCAAGGCCUGA